AUGGAAGCUUGCUGUUCUUUUAAGAGUAUUGUAGGUAGCGGUUGCGGGUUCGACACAAAAGAUCGAAAACAAAGGACGGAAAUUGUAGCAUUGCAUUCUUGUUGUAAGGAUAUUUCCAAGCACUUGGCAACUUUGAGUUUUUCCGGGCCUGAGAAUGAGAUCGAGCUCAUCUUGUCUCGAGCUGGUUUGUACGACACGUCAGAGGAAAAAGUGAGGUCCAUGACUAUAUGUCCGCGGCAUCGCGCUACACUUGGAAUCGGCUGGACAAGAGGCGGUGGGACAAGAUGCAGAGUUCCCCAGCAAAUAUCAGGCCAUGGAAAAUCAAAAGGAAGUUGGCCAAAAGGUGAUCGUGGUAUAGGGAAUCAAGAGUCUUAUAUUAUACUGCAAAAUACAGGCCUUCUUGUACCCCCAGGCUCAGGAAUCUGUAAAACAUGUCGAGUCGCUAUAAAGGAAAUGCCAAAAGAUUCAAAGUCGGAUGUCAAGCAUGUCGCUGAACGAAUACAAGAACUAACAUUGCAUGACGAGGCGGUCUCCACUGAGAGUGAAACAUUCAUGCAGACUCCAAAAGUGACGCCCUUAAAGCCUGAAACACCGCUAUCUAUGUAUACUCUACCACAAAGUGAAACUGAAGAUAAAACGGAACUGACGGAUACAAGACAACUACUAAACAAUUUCUUGAAAGCAAGAGAGGUGAGCCCCAUAAGACACCAGCUGACAACACCGUGGGAUGACGUCUCAAAGAGAACAAAACGACGCUAUGUACAUAAAGCAAAACGGGUAGUCCUUACUGCCCUAGAAGAACUUGCACCUUCCGGUUCAAAAGCUUUGUUAUCAGCAGUAAGGGCUUCAUCGGAUGAAGAAGAUUAUUACGUCGACAAAUCCCUCAUGGAAGCUCUAGUUGAAUGUUAUAACAAUGCAGGGGACUGGAGUACAAGACGACAAAUCUUGUCAAUAAUGGCUGACAAGCUACCCUACUUAUCUCUAAAGAAGUGGAUUCCCGGUUUAUCAAGAUAUAGAUUUAGUGUAGCAAGACACCACAUCCUUCUACAUGGAAGAGGCUCUGUUGUUCCUACAACAAAAAGUCCUCGUAUGUAUGUAUCGCCUCAGAAGCUCGAUCAUUUUCUAACUUUUAUCACAAGUGGUCACGUCAUACAAGAUCUACCUUUUGGAGAAAAAACGUUAAAGCUAUCAUCUGGUGCCGAAGUUGUUGUGCCAAAUGUUGUUCAUGUGUCAAAAAGUUCCAGAGUACCAGACCACUGCAGACAACAUGCUUUAAGCCAGGAAGGUAGCCAGGAAUUCUCCUCAGAAUGUGAUCAUCAACAUGAUCAAGUAUGUGAGAACUGUGAACUUCUCCCACUUGUAUUCAGUCAACUAGACACAGCACUGAGCGACAUUCCUAAUUCCGAUGAGAAGAAGGACAUGGAAUAUAUUAUCAACCAAGGAAAAAAGGAUAUCCAGGCCUGGAAAGCCCAUUUGCUGCGGGCCAUUAACCAGGAUGAAUGCAGAAUCGACAUUCUUCAAGCUCUCGAUCCUUCUUCAGUCCUGAUAGUAUUAGAUUGGGCCAUGAAGUGGAUACCAAAAAAGUACCGUGAAAGUCAAUCAGACUGGUAUGGCAAGAAAGGUGUAUCUUGGCACAUUGCAGUGGCGAUAACAAGAAAUGAAAAUGGCACGUUAGAAAUGCUUACCUUUGUCCAUGUUUUCACCACUUGUUCUCAAGAUAGCUAUGCAGUAAUGGCUAUAAUCAACGACGUUGUUGGACAGCUAAAAGCCGAAAGACCCCAACUAAGCAACUUCUCUCUCAGACAAGACAAUGCAGGCUGUUAUCACAGCGCAUUUAAUCUUAAAGGAUUGAAAGAAGUAGCCAAAUUACACAAGAUCAAUUUGAGAGUAGACUACUCAGAUCCUCAAGGUGGCAAAGGAUCAUGUGACCGGAAAGCUGCGAAUAUCAAAGGCCAUAUCAAGGCAUAUGUUAACUCUGGAAAGGAUGUCGAAAAUACACUUCAGAUGAAAAAGGCCAUCGAAUCAUCAAAAGGUGUCCAGGGUGUUAGAGUGAUGCUAUGUGAACCACCUGAAAUGCCUAGACAUGAUCCACUCAAAUGGGAAGGCGUCAGUGUUAUUAAUGACAUCACCUAUAAAGAAAACGGAGUUGAAGUCUGGAGAGAAUAUGGCAUUGGAAAAGGCAAGACCAUACAAUGGAGCGAGUUUACAGCACCGAAAAAGAUUCCUCUGCCUACGAUGACAAUCAGUGAAACCGCAGUUUUGCCAAAAGCUACAUUUGAGGAAGUUUCUGUCAGAAAAAGAAAAGCCUCCACAAGCACAGCCGCAACAAGUUUGACAGAAGAUGAGAGCUCAGAAGAUGAAGACGAGCAAGUACCCAAGCUAUUCCCUUGUACUAAUGAUGGCUGCAUCAGGUCCUUUCAGCGAUUUUCGUCACUACAACGCCAUCUUGAUAUAGACAAACACAAAUAUGCCCUAGAGCGCGAAACUUUCCUAGACAAAGCCAUGUUGUCCUAUGCUGGAAAACUACACAAAGGAGACGAUCCAUUGAAAGAAUGCACGUCAGAUGAAGAAGGAGCUGUUACUCGCACAUUGACAUACAGUGAAUCUCUCCCAAUGGGCUGGGCACUGAAAUCUUCUACUGUGAAAAGGAAACAGUUCAGUGAUGGCCAAAGGAACUAUCUAAUAAAGAUGUUUGAUGUCGGAGAGCAAACAGGCCACAAGGUUGACCCGAAUACAGUAUCACAAUCUAUGCGAAAAGCUCGAAACGCUGAUGGUUCUUCUAUAUUUGAUUCAAGUGAGUAUCUAACAGCAAAACAAAUCAAAAGCUUUUUUAGUCGCCUGGCAAAGAAGAGACGAGAGGCAAUACCUGACGAUUCGACUGACGAUGAAACAGAAUAUGAUAUCCAGUCAAGAGUUAAUGAACAAGAUCUACAAGAUCUCACAGACAGUGUGAUGAAUGAGGUCCGACUCAUUCAUCCCAUUCUUUUUGAGUCGCACAAUCUGUGUGACCUAGCAAAAAAUCUAAAGCUAAACACCUUUUCUAUCAAGAUGCUGGCUGAUGUCUGUGCUUUUUUUGGGUUAGACACUACGUCAUUGAGAAAGAGAAAAAAAGCCUACAUCGAUCUUUUAUAUAACGAAGUACUUCACCAUUGUAAUUGCAUGUGAAAACGUCAGAUGUGUU